UUCAACAUAGGAAAUCACCUUUCUGAUGAUAUAUACCAUGACUUGGUAACGAUAUAGGGUUUCCACUCCACUUCAUUGGUUUCAUUAGUAGUAUCGAUUCUCACUUUUCUUAGGUAUCUACUAACGGUCUGAUCUAACAUUUUAUAAUAGUAUUCAAGUUAGUUCUGUUGAGGGCAGUUCUUGAAAAGUGACGAAUAAGUGGCAAUUUAUUGUUUUGGAAUGAUAAGACGAAACGUCAGACAAAAUGACUGAAUCUGACGAAAGAACAAGACUUCUGGCGAAUGAGAGUAGACCCCAAUACGUCUUCAAUUCGAGCAUUGCAAGGGAAAGGAGGAAGAAGAUUAAGAAGUUUCAAUGUUUAUUAUGCGGUGCAUUCCUUUGUUUCGUGAUACUUGCUCUAAUUAUGAGCAUAAUUUUCUCAAUAACAACGGACUUCGAUGAUGGACCAAUUUCAAAUAGUUCUUUCACGAAUGAAACAGCUCCUGUGGACAUGCUAAAUGUUCUACUUGCCAAAAAUUGGCCGUUAGAUGACAGAAAAUUGGACAACAUCACCUCGCAAAACUUUGAAGUGUGGGACGCUGCGUUGCUUUUCGGAAAAGAAUCUCUCGUCAGAAAGGACGAUUUGGAAAAGGAUGUUCCUUCCUUACCAGUGGAUAGUCCAAGUUACAGGCAUCAAACUGUUACUUCAACUUCUAAAAGAGCUAUUGAGCUUUCCAGAGUAGGAUACAUCCAAGAAUGUGGACUCCAGUAUAUGCACAGGAAUGAAAGUAGGAAGAACAUAACAAAGAUUUGCACCAAUGAAACCAACUCACUUCUGGACCAAUUUUGUGAUCUUCCUGCUCUUCCUUGCAACGAAUACAAAAAGUAUAGAAGUUUCGACGGUUCCUGCAAUAAUUUGAAGAAUGCUGUUUCGUACGGAACGGCUUUCAGGCCAUUCCGCAGAGUGAUUCCACCAAAUUAUGAAGAUGGAAUUAGCAAACCACGAGUAUCCAAGUCAGGGAAACCUCUUCCUUCUGCAAGAACUGUCAGCUUGAUAGUUCAUCGGCCAUACUAUCGCGACGAUUACAAGUUUUCCGUCAUGUUGGCCGUGUGGGGUCAAUUUUUAGACCACGAUAUAACAGCAACGGCAUUGAGCAAAGGAGCAGACGGCAAAAGCAUUUCCUGUUGCAUUAACAUGACUGUUAUCCAUCCUGAAUGCUUUCCUGUCCUUAUAGAUGAAAACGAUCCACUAAGGGCAGAGAAUGUGACUUGUAUGGAGUUUGUUAGAUCAGCACCUUCUCCAACAUGCUGCCUUGGACCAAGAGAGCAGAUGAACCAAGUUACAGCUUUCAUAGAUGGCUCCGUUAUUUACGGCGUGGAAAAAUCAUUAGUCGAAGAAUUGAGAACAAUGAGUGGUGGUCUAUUGAAAAUGUACGUUACCAAAGAUAACAGAACGCUUCUUCCUCUGUCCACUAAUAUGGACGAUGGAUGUAACAGGAUAGAAGCCAAAGAAAAAGGAGAGUACUGUUUCGAAGCCGGAGAUGCGAGAUCGAACGAAAAUCUACAUUUGACAAGUAUGCAUACAAUAUGGGCCCGUCAUCAUAACCGAAUUGCCGAAAAUCUUUCACGAAUAAACCCAGACUGGGAUGAUGAACAGCUUUUUCAAGAGAGUAGAAAGAUUGUGGGUGCUGAAAUGCAACACAUAACUUACAAGGAAUUCCUCCCUAUCAUAUUGGGUCCCAAGCUUAUGACUGAACUGGACUUAUGGCCCCAGAAAGUAGGUCAUUUCCACAAAUACAACGACACUAUUGAUGCUUCAAUAGCCAAUCACUUCGCUGCUGCAGCAUUCAGGUUUGCACAUACAAUUAUACCGGGCCUUAUGAAAUUAUUAGCGAGUGAUAAGUCUAGCCCAGAAUUCAUUCAGAUGCAUAAAAUGCUGUUCAAUCCUUUCGAAUUGUAUAAACCUGGUGGAAUGGAUAAGGCAAUCAGGGGUGCAAUCAACACUAACAUCGAAGCAAAUGAUCCAUAUUUCACCAAUGAGCUGAAGCAGCAUCUAUUCGAAAGAAACGACAAGAAGAACGAUUCCAAACCAAAGAAAUACGGUUUAGAUUUGGUUUCUUUGAAUAUACAAAGAGGAAGAGAUCACGGAUUACCAGGUUACGUGGAAUGGAGACAACAUUGUGGCUUCAAUAAAACAGAAACCUUCGAGGACCUGUCAGAUUACAUGGAUCCUGAUUCCUUGAGAAAUAUUCAGUCCCUCUAUAGAGAAGUAGCCGAUAUAGAUCUUUAUACAGGAGCACUGAGCGAGAAACCAAUAGAAGACAGCAUACUAGGGCCAACCCUCACUUGCCUUAUUUUGGACCAAUUCGUAAGACUCAAAUAUGGCGACCGAUACUGGUACGAAAAUCCAGACGAAUACACAGGAUUCACCACUCAACAGUUGGAUGAAAUUCGUAAAAUAAGUUUGGCUAAAAUCAUCUGUGAAAAUUCCGACAAUGUGACACAGACACAGCCCCUGGUCAUGGAAAGAAUAAAAGAAGGCAACGAAAUUAUGCCUUGCGAAGAUAUACCCGGGGUAAACCUGAAAUUCUGGAGUCAGCAAAUGAAGAGAGUCCCCAUUGGUGAUGAAACGAUACAAGUCAGAACGCCAAUUUCGGCUUGAAUACGUUAUUUAUUCUACAUAAGUUAGGAGGUUCGAUUGGGGAUCCUAUGAUACGUUUUCAAUUUAGAGAAAACUAUGGGAUUUUUAUAUUACUAGGUAUAUAAGGUUAAUGUAUGCCACAUUUAUUCAGUAUACGACUCAGUAUUUCCAUACAGAUAUAAUUUUUUUAUUGUUUAUUUAUAUAUUGACUGUCUCAAAGGGUUGAUUAGAGCAAUUUAAACCGCAAACUCAAUUCGAGGUGCUCGAGUAUAUAAAUUUCGAAAUUUCUUUCUUUAACCGUGGUGGAAUGCACGCAAACGAUCGUUCGAACUCGUCACCUUCCGCUGAGAGCAGGUGCGCAUCGGUGGGAACGCUGGUGAAGAGAUGUGAAUACCGGCUUCGGCAUCAUUUCAACAAAGUUAUUUAAUCCAGACUUAUUAGGUAUUCUUUUCAAUCUGGUUAUGUUAUGAUCGUGUACUAUCAACAAAUAGGAUCGUGAUGAUCUGACACUGAUGAAUAAUUCGUAAUCCGGGAUGGACCAGCUGUAUAGUUAGGUUUGAAGAGGUUCACCGUUGGGAUAAUAAAUUAUUGGCUGGCUUGUGGUACAAUCACAAUCUUUGUGAGAGGUACCAGCGAUUUCAAAUAUAAGUAUGAAGAUGAAA